CCAAAUCCUCUCACCAGUCCAGACCUAAACAGCCCCACACAUCACCAUGUCUGGCUCCUGUUGUGGUUCCAUCUGCUCCUCCCAGGGCUGUGGCACAGAAUGCUGCCAGCCCUCCUGCUGCCAGCCCUCCUGCCAGCCCUCCUGCUGCCAGCCCUGCUGCUGCCGCGACCCCUGCUGCUGCCGCCCCGUGAGCUGCCAGACCACCGUGUGCCGCCCCGUGACCUGCACCUGCCGCUGCACGCGCCCCAUCUGUGAGCCCUGCCGCCGCCCUGUGUGCUGUGACCCCUGCUCCCUGCAGGAGGGCUGCUGCCGCCCCAUCAGCUGCUGCCCCACGUCCUGCACUGCCGUGGUCUGCCGCCCCUGCUGCUGGGCCUCCACCUGCUGCCAGCCCAUCUCUGUGCAGGCGCCCUGCUGCCGCCCCUCCUGCUGCCAGCCUGCCCCCUGCCGCACCACCUGCAGGACCUCCCCCUGCUGCUGAAACCCCCACCAUCUCCAAAGAGCAACUCACUGGAGCCUAAGCACCUAUUCUGCAUUUUAAGAAAGUGGAAAAAAAAAAAGAAAGUGGAAAGAAAAAUAGAUAUUUUUCAUAAAGCAACAAUAGUCAUUUUUACAUCCCACCAUUUGGAUACACAAGCAGAUAUCCAUUGCCACCCUCAGCCAAAUUACCAAGUGCCUCCAUAAGCAGAAAACACCAUGGAUGGUAAAUCUUUCUUCAGAAGUCCUCAGAGUGGACUCUGCAAACCCAUCCUGAAUUCCGAAGGCAGCUCAAACCCUCCCUGCCACCUUUUGCAAUGUGCUGUUUGCUUGUUUUCAAUAAAUUAAUUUUUCCUGUAAA